CCCCCGGCAGCUACCCCGGCGCCGUACAGGACUACCGCCCGUCAUCCAACACAACACCAUGGCUUCCAUUUCCAGUAGGCUCAGCAGCCAAUUCGUCCUGCUUGCACACCGGACGGCGCCAUGUGCCAGGACUGCAUCUCAAGCCUCGGGAACGCGUUUCGUCCUGGUCUUCGGCUCUGGCUCCGGCUCCGGCUUCCGCACCGCCCAAUCGGCACGCUUCUUUGCCUCCAAGGCUAAGAAGGCAGCGAAGAAGCCGACCUCGUCAUCCACCGUCAUCACUACCGUAACCGCUCCUCCCACUGUUGUCCCCGCCUCAUAUGCCGAACAGCUAGCGAAGAAGGGCCGGACCCUCCUCUACGAGGCUCACUCGCACGCCUGGUUCCGCUUCGCCAGCUUCACCACCGGCAGCUUCUGCAUCGCCUACUCGCUCUACAACUACUGGAGCGUCCACCUCAACCCUCCGGCGGACCUAUCCACCUGGGUCCCCUAUGCCUACGGCGUCAUCUGCGCCAUGACCAUUGGCAUGGGCGGCUACUUCUUCAUGGGCUUGCGGCGCAUCAUCCGGCACAUCGAGGCCGUGCCGGCCUCCCAGCUCCUCACCAGCAAGCCCAAGGCCGUUCCCGUCACCACCCCUACCCCGAUUUACCUCGAGGUCGCCUACAGCCGCGCCAUCCCCUUCUUGCCCAACAAGAAGGAGUACUACCACCCUUCCGAGGUCGAGAUGCCCUUCCGCAUGCAGCUGCUGUGCGAGAAGCUGAACACCCUUAGCGCGCAGAAAAACGUGGGCAAGAACCUCCCUACCACCAAGACCGGACAGAUCAUUGCGGCGAGCAAGCAGAAGGCUGCUAGGGAGAAGGAGCGCAAGGAAAGGAUGCAGCAUCUGCUUACCCUGCCGUUCAGGGACGCGGCGAAAGUGUUUCGCGGGGCGUAUGAUGGCCUCAGGAGGUCGUUCUACCGUGAGGGCUUUGCCAAGGUCUAUCUGAGGGGCGUGGAGUAUAAGUUGGACAUGACUUCUGGAUGGGCGCUGGAUGAUGGAAGGGCUAUUGAUCGGUUGGUCCAUGUCAAGCCGAGUGCGAAUAUUAGCGCGUAUUGAGCGGGCGUGCUUGGAAAGGUGAGCCGGGAGGGAAAGGAGUUGCGGUUAGGUAUGCCCCCCUGACCCGCAGGACACGAUACCGUUCUGCAUAGACUACUGUAGCAUCAACAUAUGUAUAAUAACACGCGGAUGGUAUGGAAUCAAAUAGAGGAAGGAAUGGAAAGUUGACUUCUAAGGAUC